GCAUAUCUCCACACUUUUUUGAUGAUUCAACCACGUAUAAAUAUAUUUCGGUUCAAGACCAGAGGAUCCGUCUUGCUCUUUCGCUCAAACAUGUCUGUCCAAUCUCACUCUUCUCAAUUCAAGUCUAACAUCCCCGGCGUGGCCGUCCUUGCACCCGUCACUGGUGCUCAGACUGAAAUCCUUUCGCCCCAAGCUUUGCAGUUCACCGCUACUCUUCAACGUAUCUUCAACCCUACCCGUAAGACCUUGCUCCAGAAGCGUGUCUACCGUCAGCAGGAACUCGACCGUGGUGUGCUUCCCGACUUCUUGCCCGAAACCGCUCACAUCCGUAAUGAUCCCACCUGGCGUGCUGCCGCCCCUGCACCUGGUCUCCAGGACCGUCGUGUCGAGAUCACUGGUCCCGUCGACCGUAAGAUGGUCAUCAACGCCUUGAACUCGGGCUCUUCUACCUUUAUGGCUGAUUUUGAAGAUUCCAGCGCUCCUGUCUGGGAGAACAUGCUCAGCGGUCAGGUCAACCUUCGUGAUGCUGUCCGUGAGGAUAUCAGCUUCACCAACCCCAAUGGUAAGAAGUAUGAACUCCGCAAGGAUGGCAAGGCCGCCACUUUGCUUGUCAGACCCAGAGGUUGGCACAUGGUUGAGAAGCACGUCCUCGUCGAUGGCGAGCCCAUGUCUGCUUCCAUCUUUGAUUUCGCUCUCUACUUUUUCCACAACGCCAAGGAACUUAUCAAGCGUGGCAAGGGUCCUUACUUCUACUUGCCCAAGAUGGAAUCCCACUUGGAAGCUAGACUUUGGAACGAUGUGUUCAAUGUUGCUCAGGAUAUGCUCAACAUUCCCCGUGGUACUAUCCGUGGUACUGUGUUGAUUGAAACCAUUCUUGCCGCUUAUGAAAUGGAAGAAAUCAUUUACGAAUUGCGCGACCACUCUUCGGGUCUCAACUGUGGUCGUUGGGAUUACAUCUUCAGCUUCAUCAAGAAGUUCCGUCAACAUCCUCAGUUCGUGCUUCCCGAUCGUUCGGCCGUCACCAUGACUGUUCCUUUCAUGGAUGCCUAUGUCCGUCUGUUGAUCCAGACCUGCCACAAGCGUGGUGUUCACGCUAUGGGUGGUAUGGCCGCUCAGAUUCCUAUUAAGAACGACCCCAAGGCCAACGAAGCCGCCAUGGCCAAGGUCCGUGCCGAUAAGCUCCGUGAAGUCACAGCCGGUCACGACGGUACCUGGGUUGCCCAUCCCGAUCUUGUCAAGAUUGCUCUCGAAAUCUUCAACGAACACAUGCCUCAGCCUAACCAGAUCCAUGUCCGUCGUGACGAUGUUGUGGUCAAGAACACCGAUCUUUUGGAUAUCAACUUCAAGGGCUCGAUUACUGAAAAGGGUAUCCGCGACAACAUUCAGAUCGGUCUUGCCUAUAUGGAAUCAUGGUUACGCGGUGUCGGUUGUGUUCCCAUCCACUUCUUGAUGGAGGAUGCUGCUACGGCCGAAAUUUCCCGCUCCCAAUUGUGGCAGUGGGCUCGUCACCAGGCUACCACCGCCGAAGGUAUCAAGAUCACUCCUAAGUACUUGUUGCAAGUGCUCGAUGAAGAAACCGAUAAGAUCCGCCAACAGCUCGGCAGCAAGUACGGUAACUCCAAGUACGAAGCCGCCAAGAAGGCUUUCGCCACUCAAGUCACGGGUGAAAGAUACGAUGAUUUCUUGACCACCUUGUUGUACGAUGAAAUCGUCUCUGUCCAAUCCAAGGCUCGCUUGUAAAAAAUGUUAUAUGUUUCUUGUUUUAAAAAUUUUCACUCAUCCCUAUUGGUAAAAAUGCUAUAUCCGUCAAACCUACCAUCAUCUCUCUAUGUUUGCUGCUGGUCAUGUCAGCUUUCAUGUAAUUAAAAAGAAAAGAAAAAGUCUUAUAUGAUUUGUUACAAUAAACCUCUUUACUAUACUUGCUCUAUUUAAAAAAAGC